GAUUUCGCAAUUAAAUAAACAAUAAUAAAUUACCAAUUUUGUUCACCCUGUUUUUUAAUGGAUUUUAUUUUUUUCCCAAAAUUUCUACCUUAUUUAUUCCUGCUUCUGUUCAUGCUGGAAACCCCAAAAUUUUUCAGAGCUUCUGGGGAAAAUCUGGUUCCAUUACAGGGGUCUGAAUUUUUUUUCUCAGUAUUUUCUGGUACCGUUUUGAUAGUUUUUUCGGUGCAGUCAAGCUUCAGGAGGAGAGACCGGUUUUUUGGUUCCAAGAGCUGUGGAGUUUUUGAGUCACAGGACACUGGACAGUGUCUGCUGCAGUGAGUAAAACCCUGUUUUUAGAAACUUUUUUUUGGCAAGCAGGUUCUCCAGGGAGGGGUCUUUUGGGUUAAUUUGAAGGUGUGAAAACUUUUUUUACAGCAGAGUGAUUCUGUCUUGGUUGCAUGGGUUUUGUUAAAUCUGUAAUUGAGCUUGAUCUUUUGAUACAAGAUCUCUGUUUUCUAAUCUGGGUAUCUUUUGUGUAAUGUGUUAUUCUUGUUGUGAUCAGACUGAAGGAAAAUUCAUACUGUAGUAAGUUUAGUUUCAAGCUUUAGGGUUUCUAGGGUUUUAGGUACUUGUCAAGUGUUCCUGUAUGUGAUAUGGAGGGUAAAGAGGAUGUUACUUCUGGGGUUACACUGAAGGGUGAUAAAGCUCCAGAAAAAUUUAGAGCGACUCCCCCAGUAAGUGAAGGUCCGGGACACGUUGAUGAUGGACCCACAAUGGUGGUGGCUCCACCUGCUUCGACCGUGACGCCGGUCAGCACGGCCACUCCAAGUACAGACACAAAGAAGAAAAGAGGGAGGCCUAGGAAAUACGGGCCCGACGGGGUGGCGUUGUCGCCUAUGCCGAUUUCCGCUUCAAUUCCGCUGACCGGAGAGUACUCGGCAUGGCAACGGGGUAGAGGGCGGCCAAUUGACUCCGUCAAGAAGAAGCACAAGUUUGAGUUUGAGAGCCCAGGGGAGAAGAUUGCUUACUUUGUUGGUGCCAAUUUCACACCGCAUGUGCUCACUGUCAAUCCUGGGGAGGAUGUUACUAUGAAAGUUAUGUCAUUCUCUCAGCAAGGAUCUCGAGCUAUUUGCAUUCUUUCUGCAAAUGGUACGAUAUCAAAUGUGACACUCCGUCAACCAACUUCCUCCGGGGGCACUUUGACAUAUGAGGGGCGGUUUGAGAUACUAUCGCUUUCUGGGUCAUAUAUGCCAAUUGAGAGUGGAGGAACAAUGAGCAGAUCUGGUGGGAUGAGCGUCUCUUUGGCGGGACCAGAUGGUCGCGUUGUUGGUGGUGGGCUGGCUGGUUUGUUGGUGGCUGCUGGUCCUGUGCAGGUUGUUGUGGGCAGCUUCCUUCCAGGUCACCAGCUGGAACAGAAGCCUAAGAAGCAAAGAGUUGAACUCCCGCCAACGCUGACCCCGACUAUUACGAAUCUUAACAGUAGAGAAGAAAUAGUUAAAAGUUAUGGUGGAGGUGAGCCGAUUGUCACGACAACUGCCGUCUUUAAUGGAGAGAAUUCGGUUCCUGUCCAAGACUUGAGGAAUCCAAUGACUGAGAAUAGAGUCUCUUUCGCUGUUGAAGAAUCUAACGGCCUUAGUUAGCUAAUUCCCAGUGGCUCCCUGAUCCUUGCCGGUGACUUCUUCACAUUGUGUGUCCUCAUAUCUUCUUUCUUUAAUUUCUUUGUGUUGCUCAGCCCUCUGUAGCAUUGAUGCUGAGCACAUAUUAUCUCUGACAAGUUAGGGCGUGACCCGGUGUAGCUGCGAGUAUUAGGUAGGAUUUCCAUUAGGCUUGUAACUCCUCUUGGUUGUGGUGUUGCUCGGUGUUGACCAUUUUAUCGGCUUUGUGUUUUUAUGUCUUCGACAGAUUCAUGUAGAUCAGGACAAGGAUAUUAGUUCAACGACCUCUAUACAUUAAUCUGCUUUGUGUUCCGAUUU